AUGCUGCUGUAUACGACAGCUUUUGCCGCCCUGCUGGCGGCUGCCCCUUCAUUCAUCCCUCCGGUGACAGCCGCCUCGUCCAAACGUGGGCUCGCCUUCACACCAAAUGAGACCACGCGGGCAGACGACAAGAUAUGGGUCGAGAAGCCGACGAGUUUGACGUGGUACUACAAUUAUGAACCCAGGCCCGAGCCGGUGUACAGCGAUGUGUCGCAAUCCGAGUUCGAGUUCGUGCCCAUGAUGUGGGGUGCCCCAGAUAGCAUCGACGACACCUCCUUUCUCUCCACCGUGGAGAGCCUCAUCAAGGACCAAGGGGUCAACAUCACCAACGUGCUUUCGUUUAACGAGCCCGACGGGCCGUUCGUCUACGGGGGCAGCAACAUGGAGCCUUCUGCCGCCGCCCAAAUCUGGGUCAACAACAUGAUUCCGCUUCAGGAGCUGGGGGUCCGUGUCGGCCUGCCGGCAUGUACGGGUGGUUCUUCCGGCCUGCCCUGGCUGCAGAACUUCCUAGUCGAGUGUUCCAAGCUCGUCAGCACCGAGAACGAGCAGCGGAACUGCACAUACGACUUUGUGACCAUCCAUUGGUAUGGCAACUUCGAAGGGCUGGCCAGCCACAUGGGGCAAUAUUCCGCCGCUUUCCCGAAUAAGACCAUGUGGAUUACCGAAUACAACCUCAACGAGCAAAGCCUGGAGACUACGCAAACGUUUUACAACAUGUCAGCGGAAUACUUUGACCGCCUCGAGUCCGUCGAGCGUUACUCUUUGUUUGGCGCCUUCCGCAGCGACGUGUCGAACGUCGGCCCCAACGCCGCUAUGCUCAGCGCAAACGGCAGCCUCACGGAUAUUGGUGCCUGGUAUCUAGGCCGGGAGCCAACCGGUAUCCUGCCUGGCUCAUCGUCGGCGGCCUUCCGUCCAGUUCUUCCGCGGGGGAGUAUCGCAGCGCUAGUCGCCCUGGUAGCUGUUGCCGUACUCACUUAA